AUGUACAAGACACAGCUACAACAUCUAUGCCACCAGAGAAAGUGGAGUUUGCCAAAAUACUCUGUCAUGUAUGAUGGUCCUCAACACAAGCCAAUCUAUAAGGCUUAUGUUCUUGUCAACGGUGUUACUUUUACUUCUUCUGAUACUUUCAGUUCAUCGAAAGAAGCUCAAAACCAAGCUGCUAAGAGUGCUUUUCUCAACUUAUCGUCUCCAUCAUCUCGCUCUUCCAUACCAACAGAUGAAUAUGGUCCAAAAGAGGAAGUUGAAGCUGUCAAAUCUCAAGAGACUCCAGUUAUUAGGACUGAGACGGCUCGUUUGAGCAAACAGCAGUUGCAAAACUAUGCUCGAAAGAACAAUCUCGAGCAACCUGUUUAUACAAUUAAAAAUGAGGGGCUACUUCAUGACAUUCGCUUCAAGGCUUCUGUCGUUAUUGGUGGGAAAUCAUUUGACAGCCAAACAUUUUUCAACACAAGAAAAGAGGCAGAACAGGCUGCUGCAAAAGUUGCUUUGAUGGAACUGCCAAUUUCAGCCGACUUGUUUAAGAAGGAUGAUUCUUGUCCAGCCAAGAGUUUACUGCUAGAACUAACACAGAGAGAAGGUUUUCCGAAACCAAUAUAUAUAACUACAGAGUCUCGUUCUUCUAAUAUGCCAACUUUUUUCUCAACUGUGGAAGUAGACGGUGUAGAAUUUCAUGGAAAGGCAUCUAGAUCCAAAAAACAGGCCGAACAUGAUGCUGCAAAGAUUGCUUACAUUGCUUUACAAGAGUGUGGACUAAAUAUGUAUGCUUCUUUUUCUUCCUCUACCAAAGAAAACUCAGCAAUACAAUCAACUGAUAAACCAAACAUUCUUAAAUCCAAGCGGAUUCUUAACUUUGAAGAUGAACUUUUGGAUCAGGAGAUUUUCCACAAUAGCAUGCAUAAUGGAUCUUUUCCUCUGCCUCCUAACAAAAAAAUAAAGAUAAGCAACAUGGGCUCUUCAUCUUCGCAUAAUUAUAAACUUCCUCCUGUAAAGGUUUCUGAGUCCAACAACCUAAAGACUCCAGAUACAAGUAGUUAUUUUCUUGGUAACAGGUUCAAGGUGUACACAAAAUUUCCCAAUAUUAUAUUUCCCGAGGGAAUUACAAUUGUGCCUAUUGGUGACGAUAAAUGGAUUGCAGCGAGCUUGGAAUGUCCAAAUGACAAAGACGUUUGA